AUGGGUUUCUCCGUCGGAGAUGUGGUGGCCGUUUACGGCCGGAAAGCCCAUAUUCGGUAUGCGGGGCCGCUGCCGCCCAGCCCCUUGAGCAAGAAGCAGAAAGCUGCCCGAAGGGGUUUCGGGGUCGAGUUCGUCGGUCGAAAACUGGGAGAAAACGACGGCUCCGUCGAUGGCAAGCGGUAUUUCCGCUGCAAGCCCGGCGCGGGCCUCUUCGUGUCCGAAAAUCGAGCUACGCCUUACGACGCUAAAACGUGCAGCGCGACUCAACUGCAAGCGGCAUGGCGGAGUUACCGCGCGCGUCAGGCCUUUCAGGACGCCGCUGCGUUCAACUUCUGGAACGAACUGGAUGCCUUUGAAGAGAAGGAUGCCCUCGUCAACAACAGAGAUGUAGGCACGCCGACCCUGAACACCAUCAAGAAACAGAUUCACGAGCAGAGUAUGGUGGAGAUGGAGGAGGCGGCGACAGAGCGCCCGCGCUCGUCUCUCCUCGCAGUUCCGGGGGCCGAUGCCGGCAAAACUCCGGCAGGGCCUCGGGGACGGCGGCGAAGCUCAAUGCGGCGCAGCCUGGGCCGGAGCAGCGUGGAUGCCUCGUCGAUCUCUGCAGAGAACAUCCCCGACGACUACACGGGCCCCCGGGUCAAGUGGCCUCUCACACGCGAGUUCUGCCUUGACCUCAUAGACCACUACAGGGACCAUCCAGACUAUCCGCUCCCGCGGAAGUACGCCCUGGAGCUGAUCAUGGCGAUUGAAGAGCACUACAAGGAGACGAUGAAGGGCGCUGUUGUCGAGGUGGAGAUCCCGAAAAAAAGCGGGUCGCGGCUUGUGCUCGUUGGAGACACGCACGGCCAGUUGAACGACGUCCUUUGGAUCUUUUACAAAUUCGGGCCGCCCUCGCCAACCAACGUCUAUUUGUUUAACGGCGACAUUGCAGAUCGUGGUCGGUAUGCAGUUGAGAUUUUCAUGAUGUUGUUUGCAUUCAAGUUGUACUGUCCAUCGAGUGUCAUCAUCAACCGCGGCAACCACGAGAGCGCGGACAUGAACGAGGUCUACGGCUUUGCACAGGAAGUGCGGCAAAAGUACGGGGGCUUCAUGUACCAGAAAUUCCAAGACGUUUUCCAUUUGCUGCCGCUCUGCGUGGUCAUGGAGAAGCGCGUGUUCGUCGUGCAUGGCGGCCUCUGCCGCAAAGACAACAUCACGCUCCAACACAUCGACCGCCUCAACCGCCAGCGGCCCUGCCCUGCGUGUCCCCACUCCUUCGAAGACACACUCAUGUUCGAUCUUCUCUGGUCUGACCCGCAACACGAAAGCGGUCGCGGAUGGAGCACGCGAGGCGCAGACUGCAUCGCCUUCGGGCCAGACGUCACCGACGCCUUCCUCACGAAAAACAACCUUGAAGUCUGCAUCCGAUCCCACCAGGUGCCGACAAACCUGCGGGGCUUCGAGCCCGUCCACGACGGGCGCUGCGUGACGCUUUUCUCCGCGUCGAACUACUGCGGCACCACUGGCAACUACGGCGGCGUGAUUAUUUUCGAGGCGAACCUUUCGUUCGAGAUCCAGGAGUACAUGGCUCCAUCGCUGGCUGAGAUUCAGAUGCUCCACAGCGAGACGUGUGCAGCGACGCAAAAGGUCUUCCUGCAGACGCGCAUCAAAGACCUCGAAAUGCAGGCCAAGCGUCAGCACCGACGGACUGCGGCGGCGCGCAUGAAUGAGCAGAUCAUUGAAAAAAUUUGCAAAAUGAUUUGCGAGAAGAAAACCGAUCUGUGGUGGUGUUUCUUCAACAUGGGCGCCGAAAGUGGACGCGUCAGGCCCGCGCAGUGGAGAGAGGCCUGCUCCAACGUGCUGGGGCAGAAUUUUCCGUGGGUUUACCUGAUGAAGCGCUUACACGUCGUCGACGACGACGGGUUCGUGUACUACAACCAAUUUCUCAACCGCUAUCGCGUCGAGUUCCGCCCGCCCAAGUGCAAACAUCUCAACUGGCGCCGCGAGUGCAUCGCCCGAGUCUUCGAGUCGAUCAUGAGCGCAGAUUUGAGUUUGAAGGAAACUCUGAUGCUCUUUGACCGCAACUGCGACGGCACCGUGUCGUUCCGCGAGUUCAAUGAACUCAUCACAGAGUUGGACGUUGGCUUGAGUGAGCCGCAGGUUCGAAUCCUGAUGCGUCUGAUCACCGCCAGCCCUGCAUUCAAUGCGGCGGCAGGCAGCAUCGACGUCGCUGAGUUCCUCGGCCGCUUCCGCGUGGUGUACUCGCACGUGAUCAACGAUGACAAGCACAGCGUGCCGUGGCUUCAGCGCGCACUCCACUGCAUCGGGAAGGCGAUCUUGGCGGACAAGGCCGAGGCUGCGAACCGCCACUACGAGCAGCAGAGACAAGACGGUAACCUGGGCCCGGAGGUCAACGCCCGCCGGCGCUCCUCCGCCGUACGCGCGGUGGCGCUCUUCCAAAAGUUCAAAGACUACAAUGAGGGCGGCGACGGAUAUCUGUCCUACGCGGAUUUCGUCACCGGCAUCAAGCGCUUGCCCAUUGACGAGGAAGAGCUCGGGUUCAGCCUCACCGAUGAGCAUCUCUACAAGGUGGCGGAGGCAGUAGAUACGACGGGCUCGAAGCGCAUCAACUACCUCGAAUUCCUUCAGGCCUUCCACGUUGUUGACAGCAACUCGAACAACAGCGCCGCGGAGGAGCUGUGGGGACAAAUUUGCACAGCAAUUUUCCAACACAAGAGCAGCAUCCGCCGCGCGCUGCACCAGUUCGACCCCGACAUGACUGGCAAAGUGGACUCUGAGGACUUCCGCUCUGCGCUCGUGACGGUCAACACCGUGCUGUCGCGAACCGAAGCGCCGCUGACGGAAGAUCAAAUCGACCAGCUCGUGAACACGAUGGAUCUCGACGACGAAGGCAUGGUUGAGUACGAGGAGUUCCUGGACUCCUUCACUCCUGUUGACACUUUUUUUCUGCAGAGUGUAAAUCGCGACGAGCCGAGCAAGAACGGCCCGCAGAACAACGGAAAAGCCGUCGACGGGUCGGAGGCGCACGAGGGCGCCAACGAUUCGUCGUCGUGCUCAAGGCGCUUCACGCUGACUAGUCAGCUCUCGGAGAAGUAA